AUGAACACACUACAGACGGACGGCAUGAUCGGCGUGCAUGCCGGUGAGGCUGUCACAUCUGUGCCCAUUCUCGAUAACACUAUGCCCGUCCUUUGUGACCCUGGAGCUGUGCCGCUCUCGAGCGACGCUUCGCUGGAGAGGCCAAACUAUGACGAAACCGAGCCGCUGCCAAAAAAGAGCCCGAGUGAAACCUCGGCGAUGACAGCCAACAGCCAAGCGCUGCCAUUGGCACCUUUUUCGACCGUAUCGACCGCUUGCCUUGGUUGUCGAGGAAAACAUCUGAAAUGCGACGGCCGCGUGCCCUGCUCGCGAUGCCAGCUUGCGGAUAUCGAUUGCGUCUACAUAGCCUCCCGCCGUGGCUACAAGGGCCCGCGAAAGCCGAACAAGCGUCUCCGAUCGUCGUCUUCGUCUCCGCCACCGCCAUCUGUGGUGCAGUCCAGCGUUACGGUCACGCCCGACAGCUGCCCAAUGCUGCUGGGUGCUCCUCGCGCCGUGGUGUCGACAGUGGCGCCUCUGCCGGGGUCGAUGGCCGUACCCAUGACCGUACCCAUGACCGUGCCGACCACAUCGUAUGCGUUGCCCAGAGUUGUCUCCGACCAUGCGAUGACGACCUUUGGCUCCAUGCCGCCGGGCUACACCACAGCGUCCACACUUGCUGGGCCAGGCAUGGCCAUGGUUGCUUCCACCCCCGCCCCACUGGGGACCGCUCCGGCAGCAAUGUCGCACAUGAACCUAUACAGGAACCCCUUUUCCAACGGCCUGGACGGCGCCAACUAUGACGUCGGAGGAAAUAUGGCCCUCUCGUUUGCAGCACCUCCGGUUCGCUCGCUUGAUGACCGUUGCUUCGAUGCGUUUUACCACUUCUUCUUUGGCGGCCAUCCGUUUGUGUUGCCCAAAGGGAUGAUGAUGACGGUCGUGAGGGAAAACACAUCGAAUAUGGCUCAUCUGAUUGCAGCCAUGCGAUACAUCGGGUCGCUUUACAUUGAUGCCGGACCGGCACGCGCGCGGUUCUUCGACGAGGCCAUCCGUCUGGCGUAUCUUUCGACAUGUCCCCAGGAUGGCUUCUUGGUGCAGACUUUGCUCAUGCUGAUUGUCGGACUGGACGGCAACUGCGAGCAGGAGCGGGCGCGCCAGCUCCUCGCUGACUGCGAGCGGAUCGCGGUGGACAUCAAACUGAAUCACCGCAGCUUCGCCUCUACCAACGGUCGAGGGAACCCGGUCCUUGAAGAGAGCUGGCGGCGGACCUGGUGGGAUCUAUUCGUGGUGGACGGCAUGGUGGCCGGCGUCCACCGGAUGACCAACUUCAAUUUGUUCGAUAUUCCUACGGACGUUGCGCUUCCAUGCGAAGAGGAGCAGUAUCUCUCGGGGAACAUCCCGACGCCGGCUUAUAUCGAAGACUUUGACGACCAGAUCUUUACUGGCGAAGACCGCGAGUUCUCAUCGUUUGCAUACCGGAUCGCAGCGGGACGCAUCCUCGGUCGGUUCAUGCGAUGUUCGCCAAUCCAUUAUGCGCAUGACGAGAACUUGGAAAAGAUCCAAUCGCUCCUUAGCAACUGGCGGAUGCACUUGCCGGCCAGCAAGCGAGACAACCUGACUAAGACGUGCCAGCUGGACGAGAUGAUGUUCCAGGCGCAUUUCAUGACGCAUGCCUGUUCCAUCAUGCUGCACCAGCCGCACUCGCAGCUGGACUCGUCGCCGACACGCAGCGUCACGUCGUGUGCGCCGCACAGCCAUGUCCCAAGCGGGGAUGCAUUCAACACGCACACAAAGCACACCAUCACAGCGGCAUGCGAGAUCAGCAAGAUGGUGACGCAGGCAGUGCCGCUGCUAUCGCAUACACACUUCUUCACGUGUGUGAUCACGCUGUCGUCGAUUGUGCAUCUGAGCAAGUGGGCGCUAUAUUUUAUCCAGGACGAGGAGGACCUGCGGCAGCAGAUCCGGCUCAAUAUCGGGGCACUCAGCAAGCUCAGCGAGGUGUGGAGGGCGGCCAACACGGCGGGGGGACAGGUCAAGGGCGUGGCCCAGGAGAUCUACCGGGCGAAGAAGGCGCAACAGAUCAACCCGGCCUUCUGGGUGGGCUUCACGCAGGAAGAGAUGAUUAGCAGCAUCAACGCAGACGAGAGCAUCAUGAGCGAGUUCGACAAUAUGCUGCCGGUGGCGACGCAGUGA